AUGACUUGGCAUUUCCACCUUUUGCUGGUGCUGGCGCUGGUCUGCCUAGUGAGUGCAUCAUGCUCUGGCAAGUCAGACGCCUGCUCCUCCAACCCAAUUCUACUGCGAAGAAUCAAUGAACUCAACUUCCAAUCCGCAUCAUGCAACCUCAAGUGGAAGUUUGGCUGCACUCAACCCGACAAGGACGGCGGGACGAUGCAAAAACCGCCAGCCUUUCCAUUGUGUACCACAUCGGACUACCCCUCUGGACUGCUGCCCGUCGAUGCCUACACGCUGUCAUUACAGGCCAACACAUUCAGUAAAGGUGCCGCUAAUGCUACGCUGCACGGUUUGUGGCCUAGCUCAGCAGCCGGCAAGGGCGCCAAGAAUCAGCCUUACGGGUGUCUCAACGGCGAGGAGUUCGAUGAGGCAAUCCUCAAAACCUUUGAUGACUUAUUGAAGUACUUUUGGCCGACAAAUCCACAGUUUAAGAACACCAUGCAAUGCUUUAUCCUGUCUGAAUGGAUGAAGCAUGGCACCUGUGCCGUGAUACCGGGUGCUGAUGGUGAAGCGUUCAGGCUGCCACAAGAGGCUUACUUCCGCACCGUGUUUGUGCUGGCUAAUGAGUUCAACGCAAACCCAGCCUUGCAAGAGCAGCUCAAGGCGCCGAAACCAAUGGCAGAUAUGGAGCCGACUAUCACGACCCGCUGUGUGCAGUGUGCAUACCUGGCAACAGUAGACUGGAAAGGGACAGAUGUGGCGAGCGUUCCUCGCAUGUCGGGCGACUGUAUUGAUUCGUGCUUUUCAUGUGGUAAGGACUGGGACAGAUGUCCUCCAGCACAACUCGAAAGCACUAUCGAGCUAGAUCCCCGCAAUGCACCACCUAUGGAGAGUGAUAGUGACAGCAGUGACGAAGACGCGAGCUUCAAGGUGCUGGGAUUUGCUGUGCCCGGUCUUGUGAACAGCGACAACAUCUCAUCCUGGAAGGGCACCUGGCGCUCAUUCGGAGCCGAGCAGCUGGGUUCCGGCAAGUUCGAGUUUGCCCAGACCUUCACUAACAACACAAUGACUGUUACUACAGACAGUCCAUACCCCCAGACGUGCAAGUAUGAGCGACGUGGGCCUGGGGAACUGGUCCUGCGAUGUGGCAGCAGUAAUGCACACCUGGAAGAGUGUCUGGUGCAGCGGCUUCCGGACAUUGGCGGGCUUGAAGCUGCCUUUCUAGCAUGCAACCACACUGGGGCUCCAGCGCCAGGAAGCUUCUUCACUGCUAUGGAUACGCCUGGAUGUGGCAACUUUCUCAUGUUCCGCUGCAAGGCUUCAGCUGCAGGUUGUUCGUUUUCUCCAGAUGCCUCAGACGACAGCAAGUCAUCCAAGUCCAAGACCAAGGCUGAGCCCGACCUCAAGACCCGUUAUACCAGUCACUCCACUCCAGGUAUUGCUGGAUCACCACCCAAGCUGCUAGGUUCAUGGCGCUCGCUCCAGGUGUCGAGCAACUAUGAAAAGGGUCUGGCACGAUGGAACUUUACUGCCGACGGCCAGGCAUCAAUGGAGUGGCCGAAUUACCCUAGCCGUGGUGUUGAGCGUUACUCCGUCUCGCACUUUCAGGAGGAUCCCAGCCGGGUGCUCCUCGCUGAUGCCAGUGGUAGCAUUACCAACUGUCGCUUCAGGUUUCAGUACCAGCCUAUAUACUCCUACGCAACACUGGAUUGUGGAUCACUGGACCAGCUGGUAGAAGACAAGGAGAGCACGCAGCACACAAAAUGGGCCAUGGGUCGAUGCAACCCGUGCAGCGCUUCCUGUCGCUAUUCAUGCAGCUCUGACAACAACAUGUGCGGUGCUGAGUCUUGUGACCCGGCCGAGUCUUCUCAAGUUGAUACUUCUGGUGCCAUGUACUCGCUCCCAGCCAAAGAUGGUCAUAACUGGUGCACGCCUGAAGACUCUAGCUGCUGGCCGACUACGACAGCCAUCCUCGAACUGGAGCAGGCUCUGGACCCUACUGUACCACGGCUUGGACUUGAAUGGAGCAACUACCCACAACCGCAACCAGCCCCAGUACCAAUGGGCUCUGUCAAGAACCAGUCAUUUUAUGGUCUAGGUAUCGGGGGACUAAAGGCACUAUACUACUACGAGAACAUCAACGACAUGCAGCGCCCUUGCUUCAGUGCAUCUGGAGACAUUACUGCCUGGAACGAUGCAUCGGACAUGUGCAAGGCAGCACUUCAUCAGAACGAGUACCGCAAUUGGAACCCUUUCAUUGUUGUCUUUCCGCUCAACGAGCGCCAUAUCGCUGCUGCCCUGACAUUUGCUGCCCAGCACCGUCUGUGCAUCGCCACUGCUGGAACUGGCCACGAGUACAAUAGCCGCAACUCAUGCCCGACCGGAGGCAUACUCAUCCGUACUAUCUUGCUCAAGGACAAGGUCUUUAUGCCUACCUGGGACCAGGAUCCUACUAUCGCCCCUGCUGGCGCAUUCCGCUUUGGCGCCGGUUCCAUCUUUGCUGAGAUGCACGAGUUCUCUUCCAAGUAUGAUCGCGUUGUCGCAUCGGGCUGGUGCUCCACCGUUGGCAUGGUUGGUUUCCAUCUCGGUGGUGGUCAUGGACCCUUUGCGCCGUCUAUGGGUCUCGGCGUUGACAACGUGUUGGAGGUUGAAGUUCUCCAGGUCGGUCGCGACGCCUACGACAAUCCUGUCGUUCAUAAGAAGAUUGCCAGUCGACACCAAAAUCCCCAGCUCUUCUGGGCCAUGCGCGGUGGAGGAGGUGGAGUCUGGGGCAUUAUCCUCUCCAUGACACUUCGGGCUCACAAGGUACCCGAUGGCGGUCUCAGCCGUGUGUUCAUCUCCCAGAAGGGUAAUUUCUGCCCGGGUCAGCAGGACUUCGGCUACGAGUGGUUACGCGACAUGUGGGGUCGCUUUGCUGCAUGGCAGCUACGGCUUAACCACAAGGUCAGUACGCAGCCUGCCUUCUUCAUCAACACCGACAACUACAAGAAUGGCGACCUCUGCAAAGUCACUUGGUCCUUCAACUUCGAGUAUUUCUAUACUGGUGGUCAGACAGAAAAGGACUACGAGCUUUUCCGCGAUGGUCUCAAAGACGUCCUGAAGAACGACACCGCCCAGGAGGACAACUAUGAGUCGGCUUACAAGUACCUUCUCUCCAUGCCAGCCAACAAGUUUUCACUCAACGCUACGAACCCUCUGCCAGCGUCAAGUCCGCCCUCCGAUGCAGCCACUGGGUCUCAGAACUCAGUCCUUGUUUCACGACAGAUGAUGGAGACAAAGUUCGCCUCGACCAUGAUGGAUGUGCUGGACAUCUGCGUAAAGACACUGAAAACUCCUGACCGAACAUCACCAGAUCCAGCGGGCUACCGUUGCGGUUUCCACUAUCUCUACACAUCAAUGACUGGCAAUCUUGGCAGCGUGCAGCCCAAAGACACAGCCAUCUCCGCGGGCUUCCGCUCAGCGCUUAUGCUGUGGAACGCACGUACCUUGACAACGCAGCAGGCUGAUGACACGAUAUAUAAGCUUGGUCCAAACAGCUAUUUCUCCGAGAGCUCGUAUGUAAUGCAUAACUGGACAGCAAGGUACUGGGGCGAGAAGACGUAUGGGCAGUUGCUGGCUGUGAAGAAGGCGCACGACCCGAAGAAUCUUUUCUGGUGCCAUCAUUGUGUUGGGGAUAAUCCGAAAGACGCUUAUGGAGAGCCGCUAGGUGCUUCAGCUAAUGCUGGCAAAGAGGAUCGGUUGGAGGAUGAGUUAAGGGACGAGUUGUAG